GAGUAUAUGUAAAUUCUUUACUCCUUAGCCAUAAAGAAUUUCCGAAAGAAGAACUAAAGUAUUUGAUAUAUAAAUAAUUGGCCAUCUCCAGAAAAGCAAAAAUCGUUUGUAAGAAGUGUUUGUAAUAAGUCUGAUCACUGACCAGUGUCAACAUCCCCAAUCUCGGUCUAUUCCAAUGGAGAUUUGGUUCAUCAUCCUCGCCUCUCUCUGCAUCUCUGCAGCCCUUAAAUCCCUCCUGGAUCUACUCUCAUUCAACCAGAAGAAGCUCCCACCAGGUCCCUUUACUGUGCCCAUCAUAGGCAACUUCUUAUGGAUUCGUAAAUCCUUCUACGAUAUUGAAAUCAUUCUUCGCAAUCUACGCACCAAGUACGGCUCCAUCAUCAAGCUUCAGAUUGGCUCUCGCCCAUCCAUCUUCAUCGCCAACCAUGAGCUCGCGCAUAAGGCUCUCAUCCACCACGGCGCCACCUUCGCCGAUCGUCCUCCAGCUCUCGCACCCAACCGCGUCAUUUCCAGCAACCAGCACAGCAUCAGUUCUGCUGCCUACGGCCCACUCUGGCGUCUCUUCCGGCGGAAUCUCACCCACGAGAUCCUCCACCCUUCACGGAUCAAGUCCUACGGCAACGCCCGCGUCUGGGUUUUGGAGAUACUAACCAACAAGUUCAGAGAACAAGCCAAUUCCGGACAACCCGUUUGCGUCAUGGAUCACUUCCGGUACGCCAUGUUCUGCUUGUUGGUGCUCAUGUGCUACGGAGAAAAGCUCGAUGAGAAGAUUAUCAAAGACGUCGAAUCCGUUCAGAGGAAGAUGAAUACCAGUUUUGGUCGAUUCAGUGUACUGGCUUACAUGCCAAGAUUGGGAAAGAUUGUAUUCAGAAAGAAGUGGAACAAGCUCUAUUAGCUAAGGCACAAUCAGGAAAGCGUUCUUAUUCCUCUAAUAAGAGCCYGACAAGAGCAAGAGAAGAAAUUACAGAACAACGAAGGAAAGACGGAUGACACCGUCGUCUGCUAUGUCGAUACACUGCUCAGCCUUCAACUCCCAGAUGGAAGAAGGAAGCUGACGGAGGAGGAGAUAGUGAGCUUGUGCUCGGAGUUUCUAACCGCCGGCACUGAUACAACAUUCACGGCGUUGCAGUGGAUCAUGGCAAACCUGGUGAAGUAUCCACACAUCCAAGCAAAGUUGUUCUCAGAGAUCGAAGGAGUGGUAAACUCCGGCUCAGAGAUCAAAGAAGAAGAUCUGCAGAAGAUGCCGUAUCUGAAGACGGUAGUAUUAGAGGGUUUGAGAAGGCAUCCACCUGCACAUUUCGUGCUACCGCACGCAGUUAGAGAGGAUAUCACCAUAGAUGGGUAUGUGAUACCGAAGAAUGCUGCAGUGAAUUUCAUGGUAGCGGAGAUGGGAUGGGACCCAAAAGUAUGGAAGGCCCCGAUGGAGUUCAAGCCGGAGAGAUUCUUGACUGGUAAUGUUGAUGGAGGGAAAGUGUUUGAUAUUACGGGGACCGGGGAAAUUAAGAUGAUGCCAUUUGGUGCUGGAAGGAGAAUCUGUCCUGGUCUUGGCUUGGCUUUGCUUCAUCUGGAGUAUUUUGUAGCCAAUUUGAUCAGGGACUUUGAGUGGACGGCUGUGGAUGGAGAUGAAAUUGAUUUGUCUGAGAAAGUGGAGUUCACCGUGGUUAUGAAAAAUCCUUUGAGGGCCCACAUAUCUCCAAGGAUGAAAAAGAAUAUCUCCAUCACAAGGUCUAUUUAGGGGGCUCACACAUACUGAAUAGAUUAAUAGAAUAUAUUAUUUGAUA